AUGGAGGAAUGGGAGAUUCGGUAUGAGGAGGACCUCCAGACCCUCACACACUCAGGGACGACCGUUUUCACGGAAAAACAAAAGUUAAAAAACAUCGAGCUGCGCGAUGCCGUGCGAGACCUCCUCCCUAUCGACGACGAUCACAAGGUUAGUGAUUGCGAUCUUCUCUACCGUUUUCUUAUUGGGAAGAAGUGGAAUUGCGAGGUGGCGCGGGAGAGUUUACGCGAGUAUGUGAAAUUCCGAAAAGAGGAGCGCAUUAAUGGGAUUUUAGCAGAGCUGCCGCAUCCACAGAUCGCGCCGAUCCUCGCCGUCAUCUACGGGGUUGACAAGGAAGGGCAUCCGGUGAUUUGGAUGUCGCCCGAACACGCGACGUUGAUGUCCGUGUUGAAGUCGUUUGACAAGAAAGUUCUGCUGCGCGCGCAGAUUCAAACGAUGGAGCGCUCCCGUUUCCUGGCGAGGGCGCGUGGGGUGGAUCGCUGCACGUAUGUCAUCGAUUUCAAGAAAAUUACCUUCUCCAGCGUCAAUUCCACCACCUUGGGAUUCCUGAAAAGCAUGAACAAGAUGCUGCAGGAUUUAUACCCCGAGAUUAUCAGCCAUAUUUUCAUUUUUAACGCCGGGUGGGUGAUCGUGAAGGCGUGGAAGCUGCUUCUGCCCUUUGUGGAUUCACGGGUGCAGGAGAAGGUGAAAUUUUUCAACGUCUCCCCCUCCCCGGAAAGUUUACGCGAGUUGGUGGAGCCCGAAGAGAUCCUUCCGGUGUUUGGGGGAACGGGCUCGAUCGACGUCAUGGGAGGACUCGUGAAAGCGGAGGAAACCCGUCUGCGGGCGGCCCUUUUAACCGAUUCUUCGCCGGAAACGAACGCGGCAGCAUCCCCUCUCGGGCGGAUCCCAACGCCCCAAGAAUCCCCUCGCUCUCGUCGAAUCGCCUCAUCGGAGGGGAAUUUCGGGGCUCCGACGGAAACCUUUCUCGCGGAUGUGCUCGUGAUUCACGAGCCUGCGCAGCGCUCCCCCUCGGUCCCGACCUCCGGCGCGUUGAACGCGACCACCUCAAGUGGGGAGGAAUACGCGGGUUUCGCCUCCGACGCGAGUUUUUGCUCCUGCCGGAGCACCCUCGAAGAAAGCGAACGCGAACGGAAGGCGGAAACGGCGAAUUCGCCUCCAGGGUCGCCCACCGUGCGGCUUGAAUUACGUCCAACCGUCGAGGCGGGCACCUUGGUGGGGUAUUCUGAGGAUCGGUGUAUUGGCAUGUUCAGCCGCGGGCGCGUUUAUUGCGAGGUGGACUGGCCAACCUCCAAUUCCCCCCGCGCGGUUCCAAAAUCCGAAUCCAACGCCGCCCUCGUCGUGGAGGAUUCCCCGAAGAUGCUUUCCUUGAAACUCGCGCCGUUGGAGAGCGCGUUACCCACGCAGGGGUGGGUUUUCGGCGGCGAGCUGCUCCGCGAAUCGAAGCAUCCCAUUCACAGCUACGUGAUUAUCUGCGAUGCGAUGCGAAAUGCGCGGUUUGUGUUGAAAAAAAGCAUCCUACGCAGACAAUUAACGAUCUUUCGGAUUGUUGGCAAUUCGAGCGUCAUGACGAGCCCCACUCAGAAGCAUUCCGUCAAAGGAAAACACCUAAAAGUGGCGGUGGUGGUCCCGACAAGGUCGAACGCCCCGGAUGAUGGGCGGUGGAUGAUUCUUUCGAAAAAUUCAAGCGGCGAGAAACUCUCCAAGUGGUUUCUUCCUAAACGGUUUAUGAACUCGUCGAACAAACCAACCGUGGGAGAUCCGUGGAGUCGUGAAACGGCGGAGUUCGUUGGCGGCAGCCCCACCUCAAGCCACGAGAUCAGCAGCGAAAAAAAUGGAAGUUGCGGGAGUAGCGGUGUGAUCGGGUUCUUUGAGAAGGAUAUUGCUUUUUUCCAAGGCCCUUUGGCGUCUAAUUCGCUCCCGAUCAGCUUUCUCAUGUUGGUAUCCAUCCGACUCAUGUGGGAUAAAAUGAGGAAUAUUGAAGAAUAUUCUUCGAAUACAUAA